AUGGAAUACUAUCAACUCAAGCUAGAGGAGAAAAAAGAAUUGAGUAAAACAGAACCAACGCCAAAUAAAAUGUACAUAAGGAAUAUUGAAUGGGACAUGAUGGACAAGACGAAAUUUUUCCCUUUAUCCAUGUUAAGUUCUUUUUCUGUUCGAUGUGCUCUGUAUCCUUUGACUCUCAUCAAAACUAGGCUCCAGGUUCAAAAGCACAAUGCAAUGUACACAGGCAUGUUUGAUGCUUAUGGUAAAAUUUACAAAUACGAGGGACUCUCAGGGUUAUACAGAGGAUUUUGGGUGUCUUCUGUUCAAUUGGUUAGCGGGGUUUUUUAUAUAUCAACAUAUGAAGGUGUACGUCACUUGCUAAGUGCAUACACAGAUAACUCUCGUAUCAGAGCAUUGAUAGCCGGUGGCGCAGCCUCCGUAGUCGGUCAAACAAUAAUUGUUCCUUUUGAUGUGUUGAGCCAGCAUUUAAUGAUGUUGGGGUUAAGAACGCAAGGUGGGGGAGAAGCAUUUAAUCCUUUAGGAAUAAAAACCAGCGCCGGAAGAAGUAAAUUCUCCAUUACAGUGGACGUUGUGCGCAAAAUAUUCAAAGUGGACGGCCUACAAGGUUACUAUAGGGGCUAUUUGGCCAGUUUGGCUGCCUAUGUACCUAAUUCGGCCCUGUGGUGGGGAUUCUACCACAUAUACCAAGACGAGUUAUUUGCAAUAAUGCCUAGUUGGGUGUCGACCCUUUUGAUACAGUCGACGGCGGGUACCCUGGGGGGGUUUACCACGACAAUAAUAACAAAUCCCCUGGACAUAGUGAGAGCCAGGUUGCAAGUACAAAGACUAGAGUCGAUGAAGACCGCGUUCAAAGACUUGUGGCAUGAGGAGGGCCUGAGGAUGUUUACCAAAGGUCUUAGCGCCAGAUUGAUCCAAUCAGCAACUUUUAGCUUUAGUAUAAUACUUGGUUACGAAACAAUAAAGAGAAUAUCAGUAAAUGAAGAAUACAAACAAUAUGUAAAAUGGUGA